UCUCGAGCUGCCAAAAUAAUGCAUAUAUAUAAAUGGCUCAGGUACUAGCCAUCGACAGAAGUUCUAGUAUAAGGGUGAGACAUGACAGACCACGGGCUAACACACAAAUGGCGAAGGAGUCGCCAGAACUGAUGCCUUUCACCUCUAUGGUCGUACACGAUGUUCCGGAGCUGGAAACAGGCGCCGCUUGUGAAAAACACAUGCAUGACGUACAGCAAUGGAGAUGGUUGUCAUCUCAGAUGGCCCUUGGUGCUUCUGGAGCAAUCUCCAUUUUCCGACUACCUCGAUUCGCUUAUCUCACACUGAUUAGCUCUCCAAAGCUGCUAAGUGUCACAUUCAACUCCCCAGAGCAGUUGGCAAUAGCACUUCAACGGAGGUAUGAGACCAAGGCGAAAAUGGGAGGACAUAUCCGAUGCAGCGAAAGCAGACCCCAAACCAUCGGAAGGCAGCAAACUGAGGCUUUAAUACGUCCCCAAGACUCAGUGGCACUAGGGCUAUGCAGUCCCCAGAAUAACAGUCUGUGUCACCAAAGUGUCCUACCUGAAUCCACGGAAAAAACCUACAACGGGGAGGUCCUAUCGGAAUCGGCCAACUAUCCCCAAUAUCAUGUUCUCUACCAGCAGACAACGUAACGUCAACUACCCCACAACAAACUGAGGUUGUGAGACCCACUGUCAGCUGCGGACUAUGCUGAAAUGCGGAGGUUUUUGUCCGAUACAGAAUGACCCAUCGAAUGGCA